AUGGAUGCCAGUGUCCGCGACGGCUCCGACCUGUCGGCCGACAAGAUUGCAACGCUCGUGGCAAUUGAGCGCACCGGGGCCAGCCUGUCCAUGAUUGCCAUAGCCCUGAUCGCGACGUCGUACCUCGUCUACCCAAAGCUGCGGACGACGCCCAACACCUUCCUCCUCUUCGCCUCCAUCGCCAACGCUGGCGCUAGCAUCGCAUCCAUGAUUGGACACGACGGGAUGAUGCAGGGGGAUGACUCGUCGCUUUGCCAGGGCCAGGCCUUUAUAUUCGAAUGGUUCAUGCAAGCCGACCCCUGGUGGUCCUGCGCCAUGGCGUGCAACGUCUUCCUCGUCUUCUUCUGCAACGUCGACCCGACCGCGUUUCCACGCUACAUCUGGGCAUACUGCAUCGUCUGCUUCGGGGGGCCCUUGAUACCGGCUGUUACCCUGAUCUCGAUGAAGGAUAGAUCGCGCGGUCCCGUGUUUGGUGAUGCAACCAUGCUGACAAGGGAGGCGCAGCUUUGGUGCUGGAUCGGCCCAAAUUGGAGUCUGGUGCGACUCUACGCGUACUACAUACCAAUUUGGAUUUGCAUAUUCUUGUCCAUCGUCAUUUACAUUGCCGUUGGGUACCACGUCUUCCAGCAGCGAAACCGGCUACGAAGCGCUGGGCUGCAGAGCUUGGACAAGAGCGGCUGCCUGCAAUCGGUGCAGACGACGGAUGUCGAGGACUCUGCUGAAGAAAUGAUGUUCUCGGAACGAAUCGACUGCUAUGGAAUCGCCGUGACAGAGGUACAAGUCGAGUCUGACGCCUCGCCCUGCGACGACCGCGGCCAGCUCAUCCUGCAACCUCCGACGCAUGUGGCGACCAUCUCGACAUCAGCGAACAACAUGGUAGAGACGACGCAGACGCUGCACAGGAUGGAGUCGGCUACACGCACCUCCGUCUCCGUCUCCCCCUCCGCCGCCGCCCGGGCCAACAAGACGAGUCUCUCACACCAGCUCAGCCGGCUGAGGCAGAUGGCAACGACGCGCCUGCGCCGGCUCGACCCCGUCAAGAUGGCGUACCUCCGGACGAGCUUCAUCUUUGGCUUCACUGUGCUGGUCACCUGGAUCCCCAGCUCGGUCAACCGGCUGUACAGCAUCGCCAACCACGGCCACAUCAAUUUCCAGCUGAGCGCCGUCAGCGGCACCGUGCUGCCGCUGCAGGGCGUGAUGAAUGCGCUGAUAUACUUCACGACGAGCUGGGACACGGUGAGGCAGAUCCGCAGGGGCAUCGCGGACACCAUCUUUCGUCGGAGGAGCAGCGCUGCGGCGAGGUAUAGCGGCGGCGGGCGGCGGCGGCGGUCGAGGAGUCGUGGGUUUGGGGCGGCACUGCACGGAAGGACUUCCAACAUUAGCCAGGACCGUCGCAGACAGGGCAUGAGACUGGAAGAGCUGGAGAUGGAGCCACGAUUACCAGAUUCCGCACGGCUGCAAGGUGUGUGA